GUUAUUUAUUUGAUAAAACAUGAUUGUCUUGUCAAGAUAGAAAAGUUAUCUCAAUAAUUUUGAUAAACGUACGAAUAUAAAUAUCUGGCGUCAAGUUAGAGUAACAUUCAGAGGAAUAAACAGUUAAAUAUGAAAUCGGUCCUGUUAAUAUGCGUGACUUAUUUAGCAUGCUGCUUAGCAUCGAAAGAUGAAUCUAUCAAGAAGUUUCCCGAUGACUUCCUCUUGGGGGUCGCGUCGUCAUCCUACCAGAUUGAAGGAGCUUGGGAUGAAGAUGGCAAAGGUGUCAGCAUCUGGGACCAUACAGUGCACAAAGCUCCGAUGAUCGGCAACGCCACCGGCGACGUGGCCAGCGACUCCUACCACAACCUCGACAGAGACAUCGAGAUGUUGAGAGAACUUGGCGUGGACACGUACAGAUUCUCCAUAUCCUGGUCUCGCAUCCUUCCCACAGGAUUCCCUGACCAGAUCAACCAGCUCGGCAUCGACUACUACAACCGCUUGAUCAACGAAAUGCUAAAGUACAACAUAGAGCCGUCCGUCACGAUUUACCACUGGGAGCUACCGCAGGCACUUCAAGACCUUGGUGGCUGGACGAACCCUCUUGUAGGGCAGUGGUUUGAAGACUACGCUCGAGUUGUUUUCGACAAUUUCGCUGACCGCGUCAAACUCUGGAUCACCAUAAACGAACCUAAAGAGACCUGUAUGCAAGCGUACGUUCACGUGGUCAAUGAACCUAGCAGCUAUGGCUCUGGUAUAAUAGAAUACCUUUGUGCUAAGAACCUCGUUGUAGCCCAUGCUAAGGUGUACCACUUGUAUGAUAAAGAAUAUAGACAUAAAUACGGAGCUAAGGUUGGAAUCACUUUUAGCACGGCAUGGUAUGAGCCUGCAAAUCCUAACUCUGAAGCUGAUCAGUACCUUAAUACGCUACAACAUCAAAGUUUGAUUGGAAUAUUCAUGAACCCAAUAUUUGGAGACGGUGGAUUCCCCAACGAACUAUCAGAGAAGAUAGCAGAAAAAAGUGCCGCCCAAGGAUAUCCGAGAUCCCGUCUACCAGAAUUCACUGACGAAGAGAAAGCGUUGGUCCGUGGGACUUACGACUUUAUGGGCAUCAAUCACUAUACUGGAUUGCUGGUUUCAGCUGAAAACGUGCCAGAAUACCCAAGCCCUUCUUUAUCAGAUGAUGUGGGUGCUAAUCUCAUUCAGUUGGACUGGUGGAAACCUGGAAGUGCUCCUUGGUUCCGGUGGAUGCCCAACAGCUUAUACAAACUGCUGAAGCACUUGCACAACGCAUACCCAGGCGUAGACAUCUACAUCACUGAGAACGGCUGGGCUUCCGACCAGGGGACAGAAGACGAUGAUCGGGUGAACUACAUCAGGUCAGCGCUCGACCAGGCCUUGGAGGCCGUGGAGCAAGGAGUGAGGCUGAAGGGAUACUUUGUCUGGAGCCUCAUGGAUAGCUUUGAGUGGGGAGGCGGUUACUCGGAACGUUUCGGCCUAUACGACGUCGACUUCGAGAGUCCGAAGCGCACAAGAACUCCGAAAAAAUCAGCUUUCGUUUACAAACAAAUAUUGAAGACGCGAUCUCUAGACCAUCACUACGAGCCAGAGUCGAGUGUUAUGAAAAUAGAUGAAGGUCAUUGAAUACAAAGUGAGGAUAAAAUCGACAAAAUAAUAUUUAUUGAAUAAAUAUUUAGCCAUGACUGAA